GAUGACCUUUCCCAUCGUGUGUGAGACACGCCUUUCUACCAGGUAAAUACUAAAAUGGCGGAGAAGAAGAGUGUGUUCAUAGCCUACCCUCACAACCCAGAGCCCUACGAAUAUCUUGAUCCACCUGAUACCAGUGACCAGAUUGUGUUGGAUCAAUUUGAGCAAUCCAGACAACGUAAAGCUGAGGAACAAGCACAGAACGUUGACCAACACAAGAAACUUGUUCAUGACUUCGCCAUUUUCCUCCAAGAAAACCAUGUGAAUGUCAGUUAUGAUCAACAAAUUGACGACAUUGGAUGUGGGAAUCGAAUGAAAUGGUAUGAGGAGAGGAUCAGAGAAGCUGACUACAUUAUUGUCAUAACAACUCCAUCUCUGGUGACUUUUCUAAAUGAAGAUGCUCCUGAUGAAGAAAUGCUAUUUGCAGGUGAAUUUUUCUACACCAUAAUCAACUUGGAAAGGACAAGCGACGUUUUAUCUGUAUUUCUCAACCGCCCUAAAAACAGUGAACUCUUACCCACAACACUCAAAGCUGGCAAUGUGUAUCAGAUAGAUAAGCCAUUCACGUUGGACUCAAGAGCCGAUGACAUGGAGAGACUGUACGCCCUGCUGAGUGGUCAAAAUCGAUUCAUAACUCCUCUACCUGCCUCUACAGGACCAACACCAUUGAGACCAAGAGGAAGAAUUCACGGAGGAGCUCGCGAGGUGCCAAUAAAUUCACAAGGAAAAGCUGUCUUUGAGCGUCUCUCACAAAUCCAAGCCCACCUCACCGAUAUGCAGAUCAACUCCAUUUCAGUCAAGGCAAGAUUCCACGCUCGUUGGCGAUCUCUUGCUCCCUUGCUUGGACUGACCCCUGCUCAGAUAGAGGCAUGUGAGGUGAACAGUGGAGGGUAUGGAGAAAGUGAGAAAUGUCUGCAAAUGCUGCGAACGUGGAAGGACACUGGACUGUUCGGCCCUCCUCAGAACAUCAGUGUAGCUCACCUAGCUCAUCAAAUCUAUGCUAGUCUCCGAAACAUGGAGAUGUUAGGGGUUUUAGGAGAAUGUGUACACUAGUUUUUUCAUGUUGUUUUGUACUUAUUAAUUUAGUAUUGCUUUUUCAUUUUUUUUUGCAAUGUAGAUCUAUACGUACGUAUGUAGAGGGCGGUUUGUUGUUAGCCUCGUCCCCAGCUGGCUUUACUUUUCUUGUUUUUGUCUGUUCUCUCAAUAUAAAUGAGCUACAUGUUGUA